CUCCCAUUCAAAUCGUUUGAUCCCAACACACUCUUAGAAAAAUAGCGGCCCACCCACUCCAAAUUAAUCGUGGUCGAGACAACAGGAAAAGUCCAUCAAUGGGUGAACCAGUAACAGCAGCAUCGCAGAAUACGCGAACACAGAUCCCAAUUCCAACUCCAAGCCCAAAUCCAGCCCCAACUCCGACGAUCACUCCGCAACCUCCUAGAAGCAACAAAAGGCCACUCGACAGUAAUGUCCAAAUUCAUGACUCCAGUUGGUACAAGAUGCGUGCUGUUGUUAGAGAUCUUCGUCCGCACUUUGUCCAGACACCAGACUUUCAAAAUGGCAAGGCAGCUCAUGAUAUUCAAGAAGAGGUGAAGCUUCUGAUGGAACUGUACUUGCAGUUAACGGCAGCGAAAGUGUCGAUGGCAAAGUGUAAUGGUCUGUCAGAAAGCCAACCUUUGUCUGGAGAAAAUGGGUCUGCUCAAAAUGCUGAAGAGCAUCCUCAGCCUGACCCAGACCAUGUCUCCAUGAAACCAUCUGAGAAUAAGUCUACUGAUACAGGUAUCGUCUAUGAGAAACAGCAACAUGAAGCUGGUUCGGCUAAGGGGACAUAUAUGGUCGGAGGAUCAGCUUUUGGCUGGAAUUUUGUAACUUUCACAGACAGUAAACCAGUCUAUUAUGGGAGAACAAAGGAAUCAAUGCGGAUUGCUCAAGCGAAUGUGGUAGGUAUUAGUGAACCGAAAAGUGAAUAGACAACGGAUGGUCAUUAUCCUUUGUUGCAGGGAAUUUUGGCAUCAACAAAAGUACUGUCUGCCCUACACAAAAAAGUAAAUUUAAGCUGGGGUUUUUGGUGGAUGGUUUUAGCUGUCCUAAUGUGUAGUUUUCCAUUAGAAUGCUUGUACUCAUUGAUUUUAGAUGGAAUUGUCUCAUAUAUCCUGUGUCCUUUUUUUUUCAUGCAAAAGUUGAGUUUUUU